AUGUUUUAAGAUAGAUUUCAAAAUCUAAUUGCUACACCUAAUUAAUGUGCUAGUUUGUCUAUUGAUUGUAAUCAUUAAUUAUACAUUUAGCUAAUUAUAUUAAACGAGGUAAUCUUAGAAGAAUCUUCAAGAAUGUUUAAUAUGACACUUAUGAGAAUCAAUAAUUAACAGAAUUCAAGGCAUAUCUCGAUUCCAUACCAGUUGAAUAUUUAAAAGAGUAUGCUUAAUCUUCUUAUAUUUGAGAAUUCAAAAUGAUUCCGUAUUAUUACGAUUCUUGUAUGCUCAUAAAUUUGUCAAAGAAGACACAGUUAACUAUUUUGUUGAUCAUUUAAAUUGGUUAAAUAAUCCUGAAACUAUAAAUUUAGAUGAUAUUCCAUAAUAUUCAAAAUUAGUUUCAAUAAUUGGAAGAGACGAAAUGCUUAGACCUGUGUUACAUAUAUCUUUAAGUCUCCCUUUAGAUGACUUUUUUAUUAAGGCAAUAACAAAUAAAAUGAUUAUUAUGGAAGAUUAUAUGUUUGUACCUGGAAAAGUUGAAAGUUGGAUAGUAAUUGUUGAUUUAAGUUAAACCAAUUAAAAUAUUAAACAUGAGAAAAUUGAAUCUGCGAUAAAACAUUUUGUCACCAAUUUUCCAAUGUCUCUUGAACAUAUAUAUUUUUUAGAAGUGAAUUUAAUAUUGUAGCAGAUAGGAAUGAAUGUUUUAAAAUCUAAUGAAAUAAAGAAAUUGAAUUUUGAUGAUAAAAUAACAAUAACAGAUAAAGCAAAGUAUGAAAAAGAGAAAAUAUAAUUUUUAUCUUCAGAAUAUGUUCAUUUAUUUGAAAAUGUAUAAUUAAUAAAUCAAAGUAUAUAGAAUUAACAGAUUCCUUUUUAAUUAUUUUAACAAUAAGUAUCAUAAUCUUCUAUUCCAAAUGCGUAAUCUCCAAAUUAAGUAUAACGUAAUCAACCAACUUAAUAAAAUUAAAUACUUUAGUAACCAAUUUAAUUAGUUUUGAAUUAACCAUAACCUACUCUUUAUGGUCAUCCAUCCAAACCGUAAAGUGGAGAAGAAUUGAUUGGACCAUUGUAUCCUAUGAUAGUUUAUGCUUCUGCUUAACCUCAACCUUAUGUACCAGAUUAUCAUAAAAAUGAAUUCUAAAUAUAACCUGCUACUUAAAUAGAUCCCAAUUCUAUUAUUCAUAACAAUUUAAAUAACUAUUACAAUAAUAUUCCAAAUAAUUAGAAUUAAAACUUUGUAAAGACUUAAACCCCAUAAUAUUAAGAAGCUUACUCUAAUACAAAUUAUUAAGUGUAAAUUAUUAUUGAUUUAUAUAUUAGUCGAACAAAAUACGAUGACAUCAUAGAUUAAUAUAAUUGGAAUAAAUAUGGUGUAACAUCAUAAUUACCACCUGUAGAACCAGAUAAAAUAAUAAAUGAUGUCAAUAUGCAUAUAUCUUCACCACUUUAAUAAUAUACACCCUUAACACCUACUCUUUAAAUUUAAUAAACUGUAAAAAAAAAUGAUCUUCCAUUAAAUCAUGACAUCUAUUCAACUUAUAACAAUAAUCAUUUUGAAGAUCCAAUUUUAACCAACAAAGAUCAUUUUUCACAAAUUUCAGAAAAUCCUAGUCAAAAUAAUUUUCAUCAUGAACAUCCUACAGAUCCUAUUAAUAAAUAUACUAAAAUUGAUUUACCUCUAGAUCCAAUAUAGUCAUUUCAUUAAUCAAACCAUAAAUUUGAUCCAUAAUCUUAUAAAUAAUAAUAAAAAAUAGAUUAAUAUCCUCCUCCAAUUAAUUAACUAGAUUAAUACCCUAUUCAUCAUUAGAUUGAAAAGAAAUAUGAUUUUGGUCCUAUUCCUAAUAGACCAUCAGAACAUUCUUUUCCAAACUCUUAAAUUAUUUAUGAUAAACCUUUUAUUCCUGAUCGUAGUUCAGUAGAUACUCCUAUUACAACCAUUAAUUAUAAUUAACCAAAAUACUAAAGUUAUGUACCACCACCUUAAACACUCAAUAAUAAUUAAUUAAAUUCCUUACCAUCAAAUCUCUAAACCAUCCCUUUAUCAACUAUUCCAUAAAAUUCAGGAUAUUCUCCAUAUUAUGCAUAAUAACCAUUUAGUCCAAUCCCUAGUAGUACUAAUCUCUACACUGCACCUAAUUAUCCUAUUCCUAACACAAAACCAUAAUCAACUUUAGAAUAACCAAAAGUAAUAGAUUAAGACGGAAUCAAAUUCCAAGAUGAAACCAUGGUUGUUGGAGAUAAUGAUCAUCGAUAAACCAAAAAUUCUAAUCGAGAUCCUGUAUUAGACUAAUAAUAAUGUUCUAUUUAAUGA